UGCCUCUCUUCCUCCGUCACAGACGUCGCUCUGUCUUCCCGGUUGGUGGUGGUAGGCUGUUUCGUAACCAGCCGUGGUGUCUCUUCUCCUCUCAGCCGGUCAGAAUGGCAGCGCUCAGGACUCUCAGGAAACUGUGCCAACACUCCCAGCACCAAGUCUGUAAACUGCACACGUCCGCCUCGAGGCAGGAGGCGGUCGUCAUCUCAGGAAAGAAACUAGCACGGCAGAUUCGGGAGGAGGCCCGGGCAGAUGUGGAGAAAUGGAUUUUAGCCGGCCACAAGAGACCCCAUCUGAGUGUGAUUCUCGUAGGAGACAACCCAGCCAGUCACUCCUACGUCCUGAAUAAGACGCGUGCUGCAGCCGAUGUCGGAAUCUCUAGUGAGACGAUUCUCAAGCACUCAGACAUUACUGAGGAGGAGUUGUUGGACCUGAUCUACAAACUCAACACAGACCACCGUGUGGACGGCCUGCUGGUCCAACUGCCUCUGCCAGACCACAUCGAUGAGCGCACAAUCUGUAAUGCAGUUUCCCCUACCAAGGAUGUGGACGGCUUCCAUGUCGUCAAUGUGGGUCGCAUGUGCCUGGAUCAGUCCACCAUGCUUCCCGCCACUCCCUGGGGAGUGUGGGAAAUUAUUAAACGCACAGGUAUUCCUACGAUUGGGAAGAAUGUCGUGGUUGCAGGACGCUCCAAGAACGUGGGCAUGCCCAUUGCCAUGUUACUGCAUACAGACGGCCGUCACGAGAGGCCCGGAGGUGAUGCCACGGUCACCAUUUCUCACCGUUACACUCCAAAGGAUCAACUUUGCCAACACACUAAAAUUGCUGACAUCAUUGUGGCUGCUGCAGGCAUUCCAAACCUCAUUACUGCUGACAUGAUAAAAGAGGGGGCAGCGGUGAUUGACGUCGGGAUAAACAGAGUGCAGGACCCGGUCACCGGAAAGAACAGGCUGGUCGGAGACGUGGAUUUCGAAGGCGUGAGACAGAAGGCGGGCUUCAUCACUCCAGUACCUGGAGGCGUGGGACCAAUGACCGUGGCGAUGCUCAUGAAGAACACUAUCAAAGCAGCUAAGAAUGUUCUGCUGUAUCCCCCAGAGAGGAUUCGCAUGGCGGCUGCGUCUUAAUGAGCCUGGAACAAAUUCCAGCAACAGUGACACAUUCCACCCACCCCAACACUACCAACCCACCAUCCCCUUCAUUUUUUACUCGGAGCUACCAGACAAGCUCCCCUUGCACACGGACUGGAAAGAUGAUAGCUUUAAGGCUCUCUUCCUGCUGACAUCUUUAACCUUUCCUAACUUCAAGUCCAGCCAUGUUAAGACUGUUACAUUCACUCAUGCAGCUGCAUGUUUUCUGUAACAGGGUUUUCAGUAUUUAACUUGAUUUGCAAUGUAUUUCCGUGGGGUUUUGGGAGUUGUAAGGAAUCCAGAGAGAUUGAUUUAUUUAUUGUUACAGUGGCAUAAUAUUUAAACAUGAAUGGAGACAGGUUGCAGUAUUUAACAGUGAGCAGUUAAAGCAGAGCGAUUGGCCUGUCUGUUCUGUUUUGUUUUGUUUUUUCAGUUAGUUUAGCCUUAUGUAUCAAGAGUGAUAAGGGCUAACAUCAUCAGGAACAAGUAUGUUUAUCAAUAUACAAGCUUUAAAGAUUCACAAUUGCCUUUGUAAAAAAUUUUGAAAUAAAUAUUACAGAUAUGUUCUCACA